AUGUUUACGCAACCCGCAGUUUCGCCCACAUCCACGGGGCCUGGAAACCUUGUUGUCUCCCCCGUGACUGCGGCCCCCGCGUCGUCGACACCUCCCACGAGAACUAGCCGGUUGCGAGGCUUGACGUACCUCCGCAAUUACACCCAAACCCACAUCUUGUCCCGCGAACACAGCGCCCACAGCAGCACCCACAGCAGCACCCACGCGCCUACCGCUUCGAAUCCACAACCCGGAACAUCAGCACCGACACCACCGACCAUCACAACAAAUCCCUGGUUCAGUUCCGUGCGCAACGACCACUCCACCACCACCACCACUACCACUACCCCCGCGCUAGACAACAACGACAGCAGCAGCGGCAGCAGCAACAACAACGACAACAAUAAUCACAACAACAAUAAUAAUAACCACCACCACCCCUCAUCUUCGACCCGCACUAACCGCUUCUCGCACCUCGUCCCCGCUCUCGGACAACCGCGCCGGCGAUCGCCUUCGUCGUCGAAUGAAAGGGGCCAGACCGGGCCAGCGACAGGAAUUUCUUCUGAAAUACGGCCAACCGACGCACAUUCUACCCCUUUCCCCCCUUCUUCGAAAACCGGCCCCCGAAUUACGGGAGGGAACGAGAUGACACGAGCACGUUCUGCCACCACUGGCGAUGCCCUCGGCCGACACGACGGGGGCAGCGGUGGCCUUGAUACUCUGCCCUCCAUUCGGUUCAGCACUUUUGUCGACCCCCGCGCUACACGACCAUCGUUAAAAUUUGGUCCUGUCUCGCGCACCCUCCCAAGCGGCAGGGAAGUCAUCCGUGUCGGCAGGUAUUCUGAGAGGGAUAGCCAACCCAAUGUUCCGGUAAAUGCUCCCUCGGCGGCCCCGGUGGGCUUCAAGAGCAAGGUGGUCAGUCGACGCCACUGCGAGUUUUGGUACGAGGAUGGCAAGUGGUACAUCAAAGACGUCAAGAGUAGCUCGGGCACCUUUCUCAACCACAUCCGCCUCAGCCCUCCCGGCACCGAGUCUAAGCCCUACCCCGUGAAUGAUGGUGAUAUCGUUCAGCUGGGUAUCGACUUCAAAGGGGGCGAGGAGAUGAUUUUCCGGUGCGUCAAGAUGAGACUGGAGCUGAACCGCGGCUGGCAGAACAAGCUGAAUACUUUCAACAUAGCGCCGUGCCAGUGCCUCUUCGUCGCCCCUUGCUCCCACACAUGGCACUACAAAUGCAUCCGCUCCCUUCUCUCCUCGCCGUCAUUCCCCAUCUUUAUCUGCCCUAACUGCCGAGCCGCGGCCGAUCUCGAGGCUGAAGUCGAGGACCCAGAGGAGUGGGAGCAGCUCGACUCUGACGAGGGUGCCAUAGCGCAGCAGGGAGCGCUGUUGCAACCUCCGUUGGUCGACCCCAACAGUCAGAAUAGCAACUCACCUUCAGCACCCCGUAGAUCCCGGGAAUCAGCACGGAGCGCCCGCCUCUUCGCCGCUCAGCAGCAGCAGCAGCAAUCACAACCAGCCGAAGUCUCAAACAUGGACCUACUUCUAAGCUCCUCGCCCCCUCAGCAAGAAUCCCCCCCACAGCUUGACGGCGCCGUGACCCUCGCGGAUCCCACCAUGCUGUCACACACCCUAUCAACCCCAAUGCCGAUCCCCUCCCCCGCCCAGCGCACCCUGCCUGACGGCCGCCGCGAGACAAGGACGCCGUCGCCUACUGGCGCGCCCGUGGCUAAUGGCCACGAGGGGCCAAUCACGCCGCGAAAUGACGCCGGGCCCUGGGUCUUUGACGGCAGUGGCGUGAGGCUGAGCUCCGAGAGCGCCCGCCCUGCGGGGGCCGUAUUGAGCCAAGGCGGCGAUGCCCCUCCUUCGAGGGCCACCAGCAUCGAAGCUGCCGUGCAGGCCGCCGGGGCACGCCUGGCGAGGGACGAUGGUGACUCAUAG